CAAGCUUAUCUAAUGACGUAAAGCAUGUCAUUUUAUACAGUGAUUCAUGCACUGGUCAAAAUCGUAACACGUAUAUUUGUGCUAUGUUUGCAAAGGUGUUGGAAGAUCAUCCCACAAUUGAAACAAUUGAUCACAAGUUUCUAGUUGUUGGUCAUACCCAUCUAGAAUGUGGGACAGUUCACGCACAGAUAGAAAAGAAAAAGAAAUACACUUCUGUUUCUAUUCAACAUCCCCAUGACUGGUCAAAUUUAAUUGCUGCUACAAACAAAAAGUAUAUUACUCAGGAGAUGAAGCAAGAAGAAUUCUACAAUUUCAAUGCAUUGAUGAAAGACAAAUAUACCUGGAGAAACAACAACACCGAAGGUGAAAAGUUUGAGUGGAAAUUUAUAAGGUGGUUGCGGUAUGAGAAAAAGGAGCCUGGACUGAUACGCUACAAAUAUUAUUUUGGCUUGGACGAUCCAUUUAAGGAAUUAAACAUAAAAGCACGGUGUCUAUGAGCUUGCAAAAUCGUAUACGGGUCC